AUGCCCCCGAAGUUCCUUGAGAUCCCGCAUGAAGGUCUGAGCCGCUUCCUUACCCCAGGUUUCGCAUCCAACCUUGCACGUCGUGAAGAACCAAACAUCGACGUUGAUGCCGAGGGUGGCAUGCCUAUUGAUUUGGUCGGUCUUCCAGGCCUGCACCUUGGAGAUGAAAGUGCGAUUAUGGCACCAGAGAACCCGCAGCCGAUUGACCCUGCUGAUCUGCCUUUGUUAAUGUCUCUUGACCAAAUUCGCAACCCUGCGCCUAAGAAUACCAACGUUAGCUUCCUUCGUCGGACCCAACACAUCUCUGUUGAGCGUACUGCUCCCUCGGCAUCCGGUACGACCGCAGCCAGCACUCACCCGCGACCCAUCAAGAAGACCAAAGUUUCGGUUGAUGAUCCCAAGCAUGUUAAGAAGUUUGUUCAAAAGGGCUUCGAUAUCGCUUAUCCUGAGAGCAAGCACACCGGCGAGGAUACCGAGAGCCGAAUUCGGGGCCUUCCUCCCACAAAAGCUGAGCUCGAUGCUUGGGCUAACCCGGUCCACCCUGAUAAUGCAAAGCUCAAGCCUGUUGGUUACUUUCCUGUUCUGCCCGAUCUCGAAGGUUUCACAGAUCCUGGCGGCUUGGUUCAAUUCAAGUUUGACAAGGCACCCUUCACGGCUGUUGGUGGCAAGCGGGACAAGCGCAUGGAUGUAGCUCUACUGCAUCCCUCGGCCCCAGAGGACCGUAUCUGUGAGGAGCAUGCACAAAAGGUUGCUUUGCACAAGGCCAACCCGGAUGUUUACCCCGACCCUGGUCCAAUUCCCUGGGACUAUGAUCUCUUCCUGUCCGAGAAAUCGGUGUCGGUCAAAAAUAUCCGUAUUAGCAUGGAUCUCAAGGAUCCCAAUCGCGACAACGAGGAGCUUUAUGCUCACGAGGGUGCUGAUGGCAACAAGUUUCACCGCUACGACCGUGUUCGCACUUAUGCGACAAGUGCUCAAACCUUGAAUACCGAGCAGAAACAGAGAGAUCUUGCCCUCACUCUCUUCAAACCAAAUGAAGGCGAGACCAAGCAGCAAGCCGCUUACUAUUAUCCCAUCUUGGGUAAGACCCGCCUUAAGCCUGAGCGUGCCCGUACCAUUGCCCAGGCUGGUUUGGCUCCCUCUGCCUCGCAGGCGAAGGAGGAGCAAGUGGACCAGAUGCAGGUCGCUGUCCGCGACCCUGAUGUAUCGGAGGUCUACAAGCGGUCUCUGCAUCGGGCAACCAUCGACCCGGAGUUCGCGAAGACCCUGGGUCCUCCUCCUGUUGGGCAGGGUGAAGCCGAGCUGGCCGAUGAUGGCGGGGAUGCGGAGAUGAGUGAUCAAUAA